UUGUAAAAGAACAACAUUAACAAAAAGAACCACCGUUCAACGGUCAAAACGGUCGUCGGCGCCACCAGUCCGCCAUGACUCUCACUUCGAUAACAGGCGAUUCACCUUCCCGUCAUCCCUCAUGGUUUACUCCCAAAAAGCUAUUGAUACUAUUUUGUGCGAUUAAUUUGAUAAAUUAUGUGGAUCGUGGCGCAAUUGCAAGUAAUGGAGUCAACGGCAGCAUUAGAACUUGUGAUGAUAAAGGAAUUUGCAGCUCCGGUACCGGAAUUCAGGGAGAUUUUAACUUGAAUAAUUUCCAGGAUGGUAUAUUAUCUUCUGCAUUCAUGGUUGGGCUUCUUUUGGCUUCUCCGAUAUUCGCUUCGUUAGCUAAGAGCCAUAAUCCUUUUAGGUUGAUUGGAGUUGGAUUAUCUGUUUGGACAUUUGCAGCAGCUGGAUGUGGUAGUUCAUUUGAUUUUUGGUCCAUUGCAAUUUUCCGCAUGCUAGUUGGUGUUGGCGAGGCUUCAUUUAUUAGUCUUGCAGCUCCAUUUAUCGAUGACAAUGCCCCUGCUGCUCAGAAAACAGCUUGGCUUGCCACAUUUUACAUGUGCAUACCAACCGGAGUUGCAUUAGGCUACAUCUAUGGCGGUCUUGUCGGAAACUAUUUUAACUGGCGCUAUGCAUUUUGGGGAGAAGCUCUCCUGAUGCUUCCAUUUGCUGUUUUGGGAUUUGCAAUGAAACCUUUGCAGCUUAAAGGUUUUGGGCCUGAUGAAUCAAAGAAGGCGUUGACGUCAAUUGAAUCUGUAAAUGAAGAGGAUGGCAACAAAGAUACGAGAAGUCAAUCAUCUGUUAAAGCUUCAAAGUUGAAAAGUUCCCCUCCAUUCUUGCGUCAACUAUCACAAUUUUCAAAGGAUAUGAAAGUGCUUUUGGUUGACAAAGUUUAUGUUAUUAAUGUUCUAGGUUAUAUAUCGUACAAUUUUGUAAUUGGAGCAUACUCAUACUGGGGACCAAAAGCGGGUUAUAAUAUUUAUCAUAUGAGUAACGCGGACAUGGUUUUUGGAGGUGUUACGAUUGUUUGUGGAAUUUUGGGUACUUUAGCUGGAGGCCUCAUUCUUGAUCGUAUGGAUGCUACUAUAUCUAAUGCUUUUAAGCUUCUCUCUGGAGCAACAUUUCUGGGUGCAAUAUUUUGCUUCAGUGCCUUCUGUCUGAAGAGCUUGUAUGGUUUCAUAUUCUUGUUUUCCGUGGGUGAACUACUCGUCUUUGCCACACAGGCUCCAGUUAAUUAUGUGUGUCUUCAUUGUGUCAAACCUGGUAUGAGACCUUUAUCUAUGGCUAUCUCAACUGUGUCGAUUCACAUAUUUGGUGAUGUGCCUUCUUCACCGCUUGUUGGGGUCCUCCAGGAUCACAUCAACAAUUGGAGGGCAACAGCACUUAUUCUGACAGCUGUGCUGUUUAUUGCUGCAGGAAUAUGGUUUAUUGGCAUUUUUCUCAACAGUGUUGACAUGUAUAAUGAUGAUGGUGGGGAAAAUCAAAUCUGUGAAAAUGCAAAUGACAGCAUGGAGCCAUUGCUUGAAGAAAAUCAGGCUGAGAUGGCAGGCAUUUUGAAUGAAGCAUAAUGUAAAAAAUCAUAGAGUUUCAGCUUCAGAGUACUUCAGCAAUAUCUACAACCGGUAUGCAUCAUCCCAAUUCCGGGGUUUUCAUAGUUCGCUUUCUGUACAUAGUGCCGGAAACGUGUACAUAUUUAAAAGGAAUGAAAGAAUUAUCAAUUCUUGUUCCACAUAUUCACAUAUCUUGUUCAUAGUUGUUGAAUCUCAGAAAUGUAUAUUGAGAAAACGGGAAUAGAGUAGUAGUCUUAAUGGCAAAUAGAGGCGAGCUAUUCCUUAAUUGCUUUA